CCCACGCCUCGUCCGCCUUGCUCUCCACCCAACCACCCCCAGCCAAGCUGCUUUACUCUGCUGUACCACCGUACUCUCCAGCAUCAUCCACUCUACAUUGAUACUCGUCCGUCUCUGCACCAAUCUCGCCAUGCAGUACUCCACCCUCCUCCUCGCCGCUGCGGCCACCUUCGGUUUCGUUGCCGCCCAAAACUCCUCGUUGCCUUUGCCAUCCGGCAUCCAGCCCUGCUGCAAUGUCAACGUCGGCUUGGUCGAUGAGGACCUUAGGAGCGAAUGGUGCCGCGCUUCCCAGAACACCUGCCCCGAGAUCUGCGGUGGACAGGGCAACAUCGCCAGCGGAGGCAACAACUGCGACACCAAAACCCUUGAGCACACCUGCGAGUGCCGCAACGGAACCAAGCCCGAUCUCGCCUUGUACCAGCAGACGGUCGAAGGCCAAAUGUGCCGCUUCUGGCACGGCCAGUGUAUCGACGCUACCAACGAGGACGCUUCCCUCCAGUUCAGCUGCGACACCAUUCGCGACAACACGUGCGGCAACAUGACCACCAAGCCCGAGUCCGCGUCGACGACGUCGUCCAGCGCCAUUACCUCUCGCACUAGCAGCGCUGGCGGCAACGGCGGCGGCUCUGAGCCCACCGGAACCGGAGGCUCUGCUGCAUCCACCAACAGCCCUGCUGCUGCCCCCGCUCUCGAUGCCGCUCGCAACUACGGAACUCCUCUCUUCAUGGGUGCUGUCGCUGCCGUUUUCGGUCUGGCUCUAUAG